AUGAUUCGUCUGGAGAAGCUUCCUGGGCGUGCAAAACACAAAAUGAAGAACAUUCUUUUUCUUUCUACCAGAACCAAUUUCCGAAGUAUAUAUUCAGUAGCAUUAAGCAAUUGAAAUAAUUGAUAACACACACCAGUCUACAAGCAAAAUGGUAAGUAACUAGUAGGCGGGCGUUCGACGUUCGCCACUGACGAAUUUUCAUCAGUAAAUAACUAACUCCAAAACAGUCCUCCUUAUUGAAAAGCGCACAAUCUUUAAAGCCAUUAUUCGACAGAGUCUUAGUCCAAAGAUUAAAGCCGGCCUCCAAGACCGCUUCUGGUAUCUACAUCCCAGAAAAGAACCAAGAAAAGUUGAACCAAGCUACUGUUAUUGCUGCUGGUCCAGGUAUCACCAACACCACUACUGGUUCUGUGAUCCCAACUUCGGUUAGGGCCGGUGACAAGGUCUUAUUACCAUCUUUCGGUGGUAACCCAGUCAAGGUUGGUGAAGAAGAAUACUUAUUAUACACCGAUAAGGAAAUCUUAGCCAAGAUUGAAGAAAACUAA